GACAACGCACGGUUCUUCUCAAAGGAGGAGGUUGUACAAGGACAAGGGAAGGGCCCAUACUGCACCUGUCACAUUCCCGUUUGUUGUCACUCCUGAAGCUAUUCUCAAUGCUGCACAACCUCGGCCUGGAGAGGUCGAAGACAAUGUCUUGGCCGAGCCACCGACCAUCAAGCCACUCGAAGUGGUUUCUCUAUUUGAAACCAUGUUGCCUCAAGAAACCAAGUUAUUGGUCAUGGGACAGCUCGUGAUUUCUCAUCAGGAGGAAUUUGAACAGAAGGUCAAGGAAGGCAAAUGGAGCGUGGCUCAUGCCAAAGGUACCCGAUGGGUUGGCAAGGAUGCCGGAAUGAGGGAGUUGAUAAAGUUGACGAGGGUGAGCAAGUCUUGGGAGAACAUCACCCUUGACGGCCAAUUGUGGCACUCUGUCGACCUCAAAGCGUUCCCCGGUCUCUCUAAUACCUUUUUACUGAAGAUUGCGCGACGUGCAGGAUCAUUUGUACACACUCUAAGCUUGCAAGGAUACACUCAUCUCAAGUCAUCAUCUGUUAUCCACAUCUCUUCAUACUUUUCUAUCAACCCACAAUUUAACCAGAAUCAUCUGUCUGCAUCAUCAACAACUCAACUCACGACCAUCAACUUGGUCGGCUGUACAUCCAUCACGACUCAUUCACUUCAUUAUUUGCUAUUAAGAUCACCACGAGUCAAGCAUCUUUUCCUACGUGGUUUGGACUCUGUCACAAACACUACUUUAACCGAGAUUGUUGGUCCACGUUGCCGUAAUCUCCUCACGCUCGAUAUCAGGCGGUGUUCUAACGCGAAUGGCACUGGCCUGAUGUCCUUUGCGGAACAAUGCAAGGAACGCGCCGUCGAAACCGAUAUAUCCUGCCGUCUCAAGACGCUGAAAAUUGCCAAUAUGAAGGGGACGACGGCUGAUGUUAUGCGUCUCGUUGGUGAGGCGUUCCCACUCCUUGAGGUACUAGACGCGUCCUACUGUAAAGACUUGGCCGAUGAAGGCUUCCGUGCCCUUGUCGAAUGGCCAACCCCCUCGCCCGAGAUCCGCUCUGGUCUCAGGCAGCCGGAGGACUGGACCAGGUUUAGCCAGGGUAUCGAAAUAACUUCCCGCGAGGCUGGCUUUGAUCCGGGAGACCCGACUAAAUAUUGGAGGAGGAUCACCGGACUGCGUCACCUGAACCUCAGUGGAUGUAGGCAUAUUGGGGGUGGUGCCUGCAGUGUGCUGGCAUACAGUGUGCCCAAACUCGAGUUUCUGGAGUUGGCCGGUGUCGGGGGUGAAGUCCACGAUGACGGCCUGAUCAAAUUACUCCAGAACGCGCCGUUGAUAAGGAAGCUUGAUCUCGAAGACGCCACUGAGAUCACGGAUGCUGUUUUGGAUUGUCUUACCCCUGAGGUCAGAACACCUGCGACAUCAACUGCUAACGGGCGACGUGAAUCCAGGGAAGAGGGGAACAGUCCUCAGCCGGGCGAGAUGCUGGAGCACUUUGUGAUAUCGUAUGCGAUGUCCGCCACCCCACCAUCAAGCAGUAGAAGUCCACCUCCUACUCUCAUAACUCCUCCGUCAACGUCCUUUUCUGUAACGAAUCAACAUUCGAUGGUGAUGCUCAGCGCGUCGCCCGAAGGGUUGAGUCAUUACUCACCCGAUGUGGCAGACCUAUUGCAUAUGCCUCCUUAUGAGCUGGAGCGAAAGGCGUUUGAUUGGGAUGAAUUCGAGAGGUCGUUGAGGGCCAGUCCUGGUGCUGGAACCUCGUCGUCCGUAACACCCUUUUUGCCAAUUGAUUCACUCAGUGGUGGCCUUGGCCUCAUGCUCGCUUCCUCAUCAACGGGGAUCAACCAUGUCGAUAGUCUAGAUUCACCGGAAGAUUUUAACGUUCAGAUCCCUGGUCCUUCUGUAGCAGAGGGCACGGAGAAUCGUGAUGAGCCAAGCUCGGGAGCCGCUAACACC